GCGACAACAGCGCCUCCUGCAGCGCCUCCCCCCUUCUUUUACGACACUCCUCCCUCAACUGCCCCGCUGCAUGGAAGAGGGCGCGAGGGAGCCGGAAAGCGACGUUGUGAGCCAGCACUUGCAGUCUUCCACCUCACCGGAACCGGAUCGAAUCCUAAGAACGUCUCGGAGGGGCGGGCCGCUUGUCUCGUCUUCCUCCCACCGAGCUCUUCCACGCGCGCGAGCGGAUCUGUUACAGUUGAGGAGCGAAUAAAUUUAAGAGCAGAAGUGCCUUACACAUAAGAUUAUCUGCCUGUCUGCUUGACUUCCCUGUGUUACCGUUUCAUCAGUAUUCUGUCAGUGGGAUUGUCCCCCUCCUCUGCAUAUUCUAAGAAUGGAGGCUGUACCAAAAAGAGGCUCACUCGCUUUGUUCAGCAUUAGAAGUUCUUGAUCUGGAAGACUCCGUUCCUUGAUCUGGUGGUGAUUGUGAAGUGAUUGUCAUCCUUUUCUUCAGUUGUUCAGUAAUCAUACAUGGUCUAAAGGAAGCCUUGGGAGAGCAAGUUUUCUGAAUUGAACUUUCCCAUCAUGGAGGAGCACCAGCAUCUACAUUGUGUCAACUGUGUCAGUCGGCGUUGUAUGACCAGACCAGAGAAUGGCAUUUCCUGUGAUUUAAUUGGUUGCCCUAUGGUCUGUGGAGCCAUGUUUCAUUCAUGCAAAGCUGAAGAACACCGCCUUUUAUGUCCACUUGAAAGAGUGCCUUGUCUGAACAGUGGCUCAGGUUGUCCAUUCACUGUAGCCAGAAACAAAAUUGCUGAACACCUAGAAAUUUGCCCUGCAAGUGUGGUAUGUUGUACUAUGGAGUGGAAUAGAUGGCCAGUUAGUUAUGCAGAUCGUAAAUCUUAUGAAAGUCUGAGUAAGGAUGUUGAUGAAGUCGAACAGUUGGACAUGGCUCUUGCCCUUCAAGACCAGCGAAUGCUCCUGGAAUCCCUCAAAGUAGCCACUAUGACAUCAAAAACAGCUGAUCAGGUAUCAAAAUCAAAAGAACAGACUUCUGAUGUGAGUGCCCCAGAUGUCACCCUUCCAAAUGGCUUGAUGCCAGUAGAUGAAGAGUCAUAUGGUGCACUUUAUCAAGCUACUGUGGAAACAACCAAGAGUUUAGCUACAGCAUUAGAUAUCCUGAACACAGCCACUAGAGACAUUAGCAUGUUAAGUUCAAAGCUCGGCAUUUCACCAUGUGAAGCAAGUGAAGAUUGCCAUAUUAAAGCACAAAAUUGUAAUAGAACUGUACAACAUAAAAUGACAGAGCACGACUGUCCAGAUGAAAAUAACAUGGGAGCAGCUGGUGGCAUUCACUUGGAUGUCUUGAGUCACAAUGUGCAAGUGGAACAAAAUGGCUCUAGUGACUUUUAUGAUUCCAUGCACAGCACAGAACCUUGUAUAUAAUGCAGCCCCCUGUAUAACCUUCCACAGUCUCUGUUCAUGCUGCAACAGAAUGAAGAACUAGGAAUGUCUAAUUCAGGGCAAUCUGAUGUAACAAAUGGUGUAUGUAAUUCUUGUGAUGAAGCAUCAAGUUCUUGUGCCCCCACUUCUGUAGCAACACAACUUAAGGAAGAAAUACAUCUGCAUAGUUUGCCUAAUGGUAGUAUUAAUCAUGUUUAUGUACCACGUGGCUGUAGUGAAGAAGACAUAUUACAGAGACAAAUAGAACAAGACAGGCUCAGAAGCAUAGAUGUAUUUUCUUUAAUUCCUCACCCAUCUUACAAUUUUCUCACAAAUCAUUAUUUCACUGCGCCAAAGGAUGACAAGGCAGUGGAUACAUCAGAUUUGGAAAUAACUGAAGAUCCUAUGGGUCUUCAGGGUAUAGACUUAAUCACAGCAGCUUUGCUGUUUUGUCUGGGAGAUUCUCCUGGUGGUAGGGGAAUAUCUGAUAGCCGUGUUGUUGAUGGGUAUCGUGUUGAUUUUGGAACACAGACAUUUUCUCUCCCAUCUGCAAUCUUGGCCACAAAUACAAUGGUUGGGGAAAUUGCUUCAGCUUCUGCAUGUGAUCAUGCCAAUCCGCAGCUUUCAAAUCCAAGCCCUUUCCAGACACUUGGACUAGACUUGGUACUAGAAUGUGUAGCUAGAUACCAAACAAAGCGCUCAAUGUUUACAUUUGUUUGUGGACAACUGUUUAGACGAAAUGAGUUUUCUUCACACUUCAAGAAUGUGCAUGGUGAUAUUCAUGCUGGCCUCAAUGGUUGGAUGGAACAGAGAUGUCCUUUGGCUUACUAUGGAUGUACAUAUUCUCAGCGCAGAUUUUGUCCUUCAACACAGGGGGCAAAGAUCAUUCAUGACCGACAUCUUAGGUCAUUUGGGGUUCAACCUUGCAUAUCUACUGUGCUGACAGAGCCUGAUAAGAGGUGUUGCUUAGGACUGCGUAGUGACCAUCUGAGUAGUCUUCCUUUUGAGGUUCUACAACACAUUGCAGGAUUUCUUGAUGGAUUUAGUUUAUGUCAACUCUCACAAGUGUCACGAUUAAUGAGGGAUGUAUGUGGAAGCUUACUGCAGGCACGUGGAAUGGUCAUACUACUUUGGGAAAAAAGAAAGUAUCCAGAUGGAAGUUCUUCAUGGCAAAUAAAAGAAAAGGUGUGGCGCUUCAGCACAGCCUUUUGUACCGUAAAUGAAUGGAGAUUUGCUGACAUUGUAAGCAUGGCUGACCAUUUGAAGAAAUGUAGUUAUAAUGCUGUAGAAAGACGAGAAGAGGCUGUGCCAUUGCCCUGUAUGUGUGUCACAAGAGAGCUUACGAAAGAAGGGCGUUCGCUGCGCUCUGUCCUGAAACCUGUACUUUAAAUAUGAAGUUACUCCAAUUGCACAUGCUCAAGCACCUGAUGUAACCUCUGUAACAUUGUGACACUUUAUUUACUAAAGAUUUCUAGAGAAAUCUACUCUGUCAUUAUGUACAUAAUGUUUUGAAGUGGCAUUUAUUUUUUAUAUACUACAGCAUGUUAGGAAUGAAUGAAAUUCUGGCCUCUCUAAUGGGUUUUGAACAAACAUAUGGAACCAAGCUGGACAGGGUAGUUUUAUAUAACUUAUAUAAUUUACAGAUUUUUCUGUAGGGAUUUUUUUCUGACUUAAUGGUGCCCAUUUCUUUUUAUUGAUUUCAGACUUUUAGAGAUAUGCACAUUUUCAGACAGGAACUUGAAUUGUGUAGAGACAGGAAUCUGAUCAGACAACUUGUAUAUUUGGUCACUGCAGAUUAAAAAUAUGCAGAUAUAAGACAUUUAAAAGAUUAAAUGCUGUGUGUAUCUUUUUAAAUAAUGCUGUGGCCUCUCAAGAUACCCUGGCUCAGCUCAAAUUAGUAUCUAGUUGAGGUGAUAUAGGACAUGUGCUUUCAGUGCUUACUGCAAAUGAAUAGGGGACAUAAUCCUCAAACUGCUGAAUUCAAUGAUAAAGACUCCAUCUGAUUUUAAUGGAACUGAUUUGCAGCAGAAAUUUUUCUAAAUAACAUUUCUUCUUGAUGGUCGAUAUAGGUUACUAUUGCUAACAGCCUUAUGAGGAAAAAUUGGUUUGUUAUAUAUUUACACCUACACUGGCAAUUGAGUAAACUUUCUCCUGUUAAUGGAUGAGGUGAAUGUGAACAAAAUUCCCUUGGCUUCCUGUAAUUCAGAAACACAGGAUUUAUAAUUUUAGAUUAAUAAACCUUGCAAUUGACUUAUGAUCCAUGAUAUUGAGAGAGCAUCUUAUUAAUAUGCCUACAGAUACAAUACAUGACUUCAAGACUAUUUCAAUUCUAUAGGACUCUGAUUCUGAGCAUACUUAAGUAAGCUCCAUUGAAACCAUUGGAUCUUCUUUCCAAACAAAUGUGUUUAGAAGAGAGGUGCUGGUAUGCCAUCUUUAUAAGAUGAAAACCCAUUUGUUGCAUAAAACAUAUCCUAAAUGUAUGUUCAUCCAUUUCAGAAUUUCAUAUUUUUCCAUAGUCUUCCAUUGGGGACACUGUGUUUAAUGUUUACUGUAAUUAUGAGAAUGCCUUUAUUAGUGUAACUUGGGGGCUUUCAGACUUGAUAUUACUGGAGGGGGUGGGGGGAUUUGCACUUGGUAACUGUAUGCCACAGGCUGAAAACAGACCAAGUUUGUAUCUAUAAAUAGGGUAUUCCAUUUUUAAAAAGGAAAAGUAUUGAAAAGGUUUAUUACAGAAAUGGCUACAUUUGUAAUGAAGUCAUUUUAGUAUAUACUUGAUCAAAGGUUCACAUCUUCAAAAUAUACAAUUCUAGACUGGGAAAUACUACUUUAUUCAUAACUUGGGCUGAUACCUUUAAAAAUAUUAAGCCUCAUUCUCUUGUGCCAUAUAUUGAGACCACCUGGAGUUUGAAUACUUCCUUCACGUAUUUUCUGGAAUGCCUGGAUGUUGGGAUCAGUUAACUGUUCUCACAGAGCUGCCUGUCUCAUUUGAAGGGCCCAGAGGGAAAAAAAUUCUUCAGCCCUGCAGAAUCUGGUCUUCAGUUGAUAGUUGAGUGUCAUUUGUAAUUGUCAUAGUUGGGAGAAGAAAGAAGCCUUGAUAACACACUGAAUUGUCUUUUGUUGGUGUGACUAACCAAGGCUUAGGAAGUGUUUGUCUUCAGCAGUGCAUCUGUGAUGUUAGUUGCCUCUCCGUCUUCUAAAAAGAUCUGUCUGAAAUAGCCCAAACUAUUCACUCAAUAGGGUUUAAAAGCUGUUUUCUGUAUCCUGUUCAUGCAUUAAAUACCUUAUUUGUGUGUAUUUGGUAUUCUUACUUUUUUCCUUAUUAGUGGGUAAAAAAAAUGCCUUCGGUUAAAAAAAAGGUCUUGGUCUUUUGAGUGACUACUGAGUACUGCUGAGGCUCAGGCUAGAAAGUUGAACAGCUGAACCUGUGAUUAAUAACUAGUUCAGUUUUGUUGCAAUAACUGUUUUGAAUAAUUUGUUCUUGACGUUACAUGCACUUUUAUUUUCGAAUCUAGAUACUAUGUUAAGCCUUUAAAAUCCAGAGCUAUUAAAAACAUUAAUGUUGUUCAAAAAAUCUUGUUUUAUAUAAUUUUAUGUGCAGGAAUACAAUACAAAUCUAGGAUACCAGUAUUUCAUACUGCUAUGCAGUUUUUACGAAAAACAUCAGUGGGAUAUAGAUUGUCACUACAUUUUUGUUCCCUUGUAAUUAUUCCUUACAUUUUAUCUGUAUGUGAAGUUUGUCUUUGUGCUUGGUUCCUGCUGCAUAGCCUUUUCUUACCAACAUGACACUUCUUUUGAAAAGUUUUCAGCUAAUACCAUUUUUUAUUGUCUGAUAAUAUCCAAAUUAAACAAAUAUGCCAUUUCCCUCUUA